UGAAUGAAACUUUAUUCAAUCGGAUCGGAACAAUCCCCUUUCAUUGGAAUAGCGCGAUUUCAUUUCUGCAAUGGCUCUCGUCGCAACUCGUUGCGCACGGGCUAUGUCGGGCUACGCGUACGCGGCAGGCAAUACCAGGCAGCGCGGAAAAGGUUCCCGAUUCCUGGACGAUACCCCACCCUUUCGUUACGCCUCUAUCUACCGCCUCGCCACCUGUGUACGGGUCGAACGAGAAUGGGACCAGGACCCGCAGGCUGAUACGAGAGUUGAAAAAGGAACGGUAGUGAGAGUCCAAGUCGGGAGGGAAAGGAUUCCGAGCGCGCGCGCGCGCGCGCUCGCGCGGCCGAUGCCGAUGCCGCUUGAACGCGGGCACUUGGAUGUGAAAGAUUCGAUCGAUCAACGGUACGUGUAAUAUUAUGGCGAUGAAACUUUAACUAAAAAGGAGAAAAAGAGGAAAUAAGAGCGAGAGAAAAAGAAAUGGAAGACAAAGGGCAGUAACGAGCAACAAGAAGUGAGAGAUGUGACAACUUUUUGUGCAGUGGAUCGAUUAUCGCUCCGAUUGGAUAAUAAGGAAAGAAGAAAGAGAAUUGGCUUCCAAGGCAAAGCGAAACUCUCUCUCUUUCUCUAUCGAGCAAAUUGGACGUCUCUCUUCGUACAAAUGUUCCGGAGAGUGUUGUUUGAAUCCGCAAGACUUUGUAAUUAUGAGACAAUCGAUACUCGUUAUCGCGUGCUGCUUUUUGGGCUUUGUCUUAGCGGGAAGUCCUAGAUUACCACGAACAUCCGCCGAUCAGCGCAGCACACGUAGCGCGAACCAUAAUAGCACCGGCGCUACGCUACAAUCGUCUUCUCGCAAUUUGCAACGAAAUAGAGAACAAUAUCUUUUCAAUGUUUUCGAAGUAAUAGUAUCAACUUUAGAGUCCAAGUUGCAACGAAUCGAGAAUUUAGAUAAGGCGGUGGAACACUUGAUGAGAAGAGUAGAAGCUUUAGAUUCGCGCGUAAAUGAUAAUAUCGAUAAAACGGAUGCGGUUAUUACUAAACUCAGAACGUUAGAUCUGAAACUUUUCAAUGCGUACCCUAUUAUGUCAACGGAAGCUAUUCACGCAGCGAGAAUUACCGAAAAUAAAAGCCAAGAUUACACCGAGGAUACUCCGCUGAUACGUAUAAUUCAUCAUGAUCAAAAUCAUCGGACUCCUGAAACGCUCGGUGAAAAGUUGGUCUCCUUGGAUCAAAAAGUUUCCGAUAUCGAUCAUAAGCUUGUUAAUCUGAAAAAUCAGCUCGACAACAAUUUCUUACAAAAUGAUGAUAUAAAUGCUGAGGCGAGCGAAAAGAAACCUGUCAGUAUGAGUGUCAUCGAAAUUACUAAAGCUAUGAGUAACGAAGUGAUGAACCAUAUGACGAUUGAAAUUGAGAAUCUUAGGCAAGCGACAGGUAGUAUGGAUCGAAAACUUCAAUUCCACAUGAACUUGGUGUCGGAUAAUCUCGGGGCGUUAUAUAAUAUGGUUACCGAUGUGCACGAGGCUAUUGUCGAGAAAAAUUACGGAAAUGAUCGACAAAAUCAUCUCAAUCUAACAACGACCGAAGCUCCAACGAAGCAGAGUAAAAUUGAUCGUCUUGUCGAACAAAUGUAUCCGAUGCUUACCGUUUCUGAAAAAAUGGAUCAAGUUUGGAAUGUAGUGAUGGGAACCAAGAGUUCGGUGGAUGACUUGCUGCCAAAAUCUGACAAAUUGCUUACUCAGACGCAAAGGCAAGAGAGGGCAAUUAACGAAAUUCAUGCCGAUUUAAGAUCAAAAACGAAUAAGAUUAUUGAGAAUCUGGAGGGCGUCGAGAGCCGCUUGAGAAAACAAGAGGACGAUGUGGCAACGUUAGCGCAACGUCCAAUUCCGGCUGAAUUGUUGUUAGAUCCGACAAUUGACCGGCUCGUUGAAUAUGAUCCAAGCAGAUACGUAACCGAAGAUUUUGCAACGGAGAUGCCCGCAACAUCUAUGCUGUCUACCGCGGCGCCACCCUUGUCGACUACAACAUCAAUAUCGUCUGUCGCUUCACCCUCGAACAACCCUACCAAUUCUACGACACCUAUGACGGCAACAUCUUCUUCCAAUAUUGCUAGAUCGAGUAAUAAAAAUCGGGGAGUUAUAUUUCCCAGUGUUAAGAAUAAACCAAGUUUCGCAAAUUCUACCGCCUUUACAAGCGAUGUAUUAGUCAACUAUAAGGAUGUCAAGGGUUAUUCUUGUGUGGAUUUAUUAAACGCAGGAAUGAGAGAUAGCGGAGUCUACUAUUUGCAAAUACGCGGUACGACAUAUUGGUUCCUCAAGGUUUAUUGCGAACAGGAAAUUGCCGAUGGUGGUUGGACAAUUAUUCAGAGGAGGGAUGAUUUCGGAGAGCCAAGGGAGAAUUUUAAUAGAGAUUGGGGAGAUUAUAAAAAUGGAUUUGGAGAUCCUGCUAAAGAAUUUUGGCUGGGCAAUGAAAAUAUAUACAUGUUGACAAAUAAUGAAGAUUAUAUGCUUCGAGUUGAACUUGAAGACUUCGAAGGUAACAAAAGAUAUGCUCAAUAUUCGCAUUUUAAAAUUUAUUCAGAGGGAGAGUAUUAUAAAUUAGAGAUAGAUGGAUAUGAGGGAAAUGCUGGAGAUUCGUUAAACGAUCCUUGGUACGGAUCAAACAAUAGCCCAUUCUCCACGUAUAAUAGGGAUAAUGAUAGAUCAUCUUUGAAUUGCGCUUCGAUGCUUAAAGGUGGUUGGUGGUGGAAAUCUUGCGGACGCGGUUUGAAUGGUCUUUAUUUAAACGAUCCGCAAGAUCUUACUGCACGACAAGGUAUUGUCUGGUUCCGUUGGAGAGGUUGGGAUUAUACUCUAAAACGUGCACUAAUGAUGAUUAAACCAAAAGGUCCAACAACAACGACGACAACAAUAAUGAUAUAAGCAUUACAACAUGUGUAAACUUCAAAACAUUAACUUGAUUGAAAUCUCUCGCAAUCAUUAAAUAAUAAUUUGCACAU